AGUGACAAUGUUGAAGCUGGUUUUGUUGGCGGCCAUAACGGCUGAUGUGUUUUUAGUAGUUUCAACGACAGUUUGCAAACCUAAUGAAGAAUACAACGAUUGCAUAAAUCGUGGAUGCAACGCACAAAAUUGCUCGCAGCUGGGUCUUCCGUUGCCAUGCGUCGAUGUUGAUCCCAAAUACUGCAUCCCUGGGUACAUCUGUAAAUCUGGCUACACAAGAGCUGAUAAUGGCACUUGCAUUCCCACAGAGCAAUGUCCAUCUUGUGGAGGGGAUCCUAAUGCCGUAUCGGGGUGUGGUACAUUCUGCACAAAAUGCUCCAAUUACAAGAAAGGACCUAUUGCGUGUCCUGCUAUCUGUAGGCUAAACGGGUGUGACUGUAGAAAAGGCUACGUAUACGAUCAGAACAUCAAGAAGUGUGUUCUUCCCAAACAAUGCACACCAACGUGUAAGGACAAUGAGGUAUAUUCUGACUGUAUCAACGGGGGAUGCAGUCCUCGAAACUGUUCCCAGCUAGGCAAGCCACAGCCUUGCGUAAAGUUAAGUCCUGAUGCUUGCAUCAAAGGUUGUGUUUGCAAGUCGGGAUAUCUGAAGGCUGACAACGGCACGUGCAUUCCUUCUAAACAAUGUCCAUCGUGCGGAGGUGACCCUAACGCCGAAUCAGGAUGUGGUACAUUCUGCAAAAGAUGCUCAAACUACAAAAAUGAAACGCUUAAGUGUCCUAUUGGCUGUAUACUGAACGGCUGUCAAUGCAAAGAGGGCUUCAUCUACGAUCAGAAUAUAAAAAAGUGUGUUCGUCCCAAGCAAUGCACACCAACAUGUAAGGCCAAUGAAGAAUACUCCGACUGCGUCAAUGGUGGGUGUGCCCGGCGAAACUGUUCCCAACUGGGCAAACCAGUGCGCUGCGUAAAGCUGAAACCAGGUGCUUGCAAAAAAGGAUGUGUCUGCAAGUCAGGCUAUUUGAAAGCUAAAAACGGCACUUGCAUUCCUGUGAAACAAUGUCCAUGCAAACCCAAUGAAGAAUACUCUGAUUGCAUAAAUCGCGGGUGUUACGCGCGAAACUGCUCGCAGCUGGGUUAUCCGUUGGAAUGUGCCGACGUUGUGGUCAAAGAUGAAGACUGUAUCGAGGGCUUCAUCUGCAAACCUGGCUACACUAGAGCUGAUAAUGGCACUUGCAUUCCUACAGAUCAAUGUCCAUCGUGUGGAGGUGAUCCUAAUGCCGAAUCCGGAUGUGGUAGCUUCUGUAAAAGAUGCUCUAACUACAAAAAUGAAUCGCUGAUUUGUCCCAUUGGUUGUAUACUGAACGGCUGUCAAUGCAGAGAGGGUUACAUAUACGAUCAGAAUACAAAAAAAUGUGUUCUCCCAAAACAAUGCACGCCAACAUGUAAGAUCAAUGAAAUUUAUUCUGAAUGCACCAAUACUGGAUGUACUGCCCAAAAUUGCUCCCAACUGGGCACACCGGUGCCCUGCGUAAGACUGGACCCAAAAUACUGCAAAAAAGGCUGUGUUUGCGACGAGGGCUACUUAAGAGCUGAUAAUGGAACCUGCAUUCCCGAGAAAGAAUGUCCUGCUUGCGGAGGUGACCCAAAUGCAGAGUCUGGAUGUGGUACAUUCUGUGAAACCUGCACCAACUACAAAUCUGGUCCAGUUCCUUGUCCCGAUAUCUGUCUUUUAAACGGUUGCCAAUGCAGAGAGGGCUACAUUUACGACCCGAAUAUAAAGAAGUGCGUUCUACCCGAGCAAUGCACACCAACUUGCAAAGCUAAUGAAGUCUACUCCGACUGCAAUAAUAAUGGAUGCGAUCCUAGGAGCUGCUCCCAAUUGGGCAACCCUGUGGCUUGCGUGGAUAUAAGUCCCGACUCAUGCAUUAAGGGUUGCGUCUGUGCUUCAGGCUAUUUGAGGGCUGACAACGGCACUUGCAUUCCCGAAAAACAAUGUCCAUCAUGUGGAGGCGAUCCUAACGCCGAAUCAGGGUGUGGCGUAUUCUGUGACAGAUGCUCAGGAGCAAUACCAUGUCCGAGAAUCUGUUAUCCAAAUAGCUGCCAAUGUAAAUCCGGCUACAUCUAUGACCAGAACAUCAAGAAGUGUGUUCUACCCAAUCAAUGCACACCAACUUGUAAAGAUAAUGAAGAAUACUCCGACUGCAUCAAUGGUGGAUGUGACGCAAGAAACUGUUCUCAACUGGGCAAUCCAAUACCUUGCGUAAAGUUAAAUCCCGACGAUUGUAUUAAAGGAUGUGUUUGCUCUUCGGGCUAUUUGAGGGCUGACAACGGCACUUGCAUUCCCGAGAAACAAUGUCCAUCAUGUGGAGAUGAUCCUAACGCUGAAUCAGGGUGCGGCGUUUUCUGUGACAGAUGCUCAGGACCAAUAAAAUGUCCGAGAAUAUGUCAUCCAAAUAGCUGCCAAUGUAAAUCCGGCUACAUCUAUGACCAGAACAUCAAGAAGUGUGUUCUACCCAAGCAAUGCACACCAACUUGUAAAGAUAAUGAAGAAUACUCCGACUGCAUCAAUGGUGGAUGUGACGCAAGAAACUGUUCUCAACUGGGCAAUCCAAUACCUUGCGUAAAGUUGAAUCCCGACGAUUGUAUUAAAGGAUGUGUUUGCUCUUCGGGUUAUUUGAGAGCUGACAAUGGCACUUGCAUUCCUGUGAAAGAAUGUCCAUCUUGUGGAGGCGACCCUAAUGCGGAAUCUGGAUGCGGUGUUUUCUGUAACAGAUGCUCUGGACCCAUACCAUGCCCCAAAAUUUGUGAAGUGAACGGAUGUCAAUGUAAACCCAACUAUAUUUAUGAUGAUAACACCAAGAAGUGCGUACUGCCUGAACAAUGCACUCCCACGUGCAAAGACCAUGAAGUGUACUCAAAUUGUGUCAACGGUGGUUGUCUUAGACGGAAUUGCUCGCAAGUGGGCAAACCAAUUCUAUGCGUUCUAGUGACAAAAGGCGGGUGUAUUAAGGGAUGCAUUUGUGAAUCUGGAUACCUGCGAGAUGAUAAGGGGAAUUGUAUACCGGAGGAUCAGUGCCAACGCUGCCAAGAAGGCGAAGUGUACUCUAAAUGUGCCAAUGGAGUUUGUCCGGCCCAAAGCUGCAGCCUAUAUGGAAAACCUCUUCCAUUGUGUUCUCCUAUAAACCCCGCAUCUUGUAAGCCUGGUUGCAUAUGUGCAAAUGGCUAUCUUAGGAAUAAGGAUGGUGUUUGCAUCCCGAAGGAAAAAUGUCCAGAACGCUGCCAAAAAGGCGAAGUGUACUCUGAAUGUGCCAACGGAAUUUGUCCACCCCAGACCUGCAGCUGGUAUGGAAAGCCUAUUCCACCGUGUGCGCCUGUAAACCCUGAUUCUUGUAAGCCCGGUUGUAUAUGUGCAAAAGGCAAUCUUAGGAAUACGGAUGGUGUUUGCAUUCCGGAGGAGAAAUGUCCAGAAGCAUCCUGUAAGAACAAAGUCAACGAAGUUUAUUCCGACUGCAUAAAUGGUGGGUGCGAUGCUAGAAACUGCUCUCAAUUGGGCAACCCUGUCCCUUGCGUCAAGAUAAGACCCGAAGAUUGCAAAAAGGGCUGCAUCUGCGAUGUAGGGUUCUUAAGGGCUGCCAAUGGCACAUGCAUUCCACAGAAACAAUGUCCUUCUUGUGGAGGAGAUCCUAAUGCCGAAGCAGGGUGUGGCGUCUUUUGUGACCUAUGCUCCGGACCAAUACCAUGUCCUAAAAUCUGUAAAGUAAAUGGAUGUCAAUGCAAACCUGGUUACAAAUACGACCAGAACAUCCAGAAGUGUGUGCUACCAAAGCAAUGCACCCCAACCUGUAAGUGCCACGAAGUGUACUCCGAUUGUAUCAACGGUGGGUGUGCUAGAAGGAACUGCUCUCAGCUGGACAAGCCUGUUGCCUGCGUAUCGAUAAUAGAAGGCGGCUGUAUCAAGGGAUGCGUUUGCGAAUCUGGUUACCUGAGAGCUGAUAAUGGAACAUGCAUACCAGAGAGUCAAUGCCCGCGAUGCAAGUCCGGCGAAGAGUAUUCCACGUGUGCUAACGGGAUAUGUCGACUCCAAUACUGCAGCCAGUAUGGAGCGCCGAUUCCAUUCUGUCCAGCCUUCAAAACUAGCAAAUGUAAACCCGGAUGUGUAUGCAAGAAAAAGUUCUUGAAGAAUACAGACGGCGUUUGCAUCCCACAGGAGGAGUGUCCAGAAGCGCAAUGUCCACCCGGAGAAAUAUACUCUCAAUGCUCAAACGCCCCAUGCAUGAAACAGUAUUGCAUCCAGUACGGUAUAAACUUCCUCUCUUGCCUGGCAUUAGAGCCUAAGAAAAAAUGUAAACCAGGGUGCAUCUGCAAGGAUGGUUAUUUGAGGACACAAGAAGGAAUGUGCAUUCCAGAAGAUACGUGCCCAGAAGCUCAAUGUCCACCCGGAGAAAUAUACUCUCAAUGCUCAAACGCCCCAUGCAUGAAACAGUAUUGCAUCCAGUACGGUAUAAACUUCCUCUCUUGCCUGGCAUUAGAGCCUAAGAAAAAAUGUAAACCAGGGUGCAUCUGCAAGGAUGGUUAUUUGAGGACACAAGAAGGAAUGUGCAUUCCAGAAGAUACGUGCCCAGAUCUUAAGAACGGGACUAUUCCCACCUCUCGUUCCCACCGCUGCAACUCCUGUGUAACCAGGAUCUACAGCUUGACCGUCAAUAAAACGCAACCAGUGAAGAUCAAGUUUGUUCCGAAGAUCUUAACGAACUUCAAAAUAGCUGAAAUCGAAAAACCGAGCGAGUUCGAGUCGCGAGUCCGACUUUCAGCGCAUGCUCCCAACACAGACGGUGUUCUCGCUCGGCCGAAUAUGUUGAAGUAUUUUGUUCUGCUGGUCGCUGCCAGCAUGUUAAUUCAAAUAUCUGUGGCUCAAGAUGGUGUAGAUGUCGUUGAAAGCUCUGACGUCGAAGAAAGUGAAUCAUCAUUAAACUCCGAAUCAUCAUCAUUAGUAAAACCAAAAUGCGGCACUCCCCGUCCAAAAUGUACUAAGAAAAACGAGCAGCUGGAAAUUUGCCCGCCACCCUGUCCAUUUAAAACGUGCGGCAUUGAUGACACCCUGAUCGACUGUGCACCAGCCCCCGUCCCUGGAGACCCUGACUGCCCACCACCAGCCUGUCGGUGCAAGUCUCAGUUCUUCAGGGACGACAAAGGGAAUUGCGUACCUUGGGACAAGUGUCCUGUUUGUCCUGCCAACGAACAGUAUGACCCUUGCGACACACCAUGCCCUCUCAGAAAAUGCGACGUCGAUCCUAGAGUCAUAAAGUGUGCAGCAUCACCCAAACUGGGAGACAAAGAUUGCGUAGUGGGGUGCCGAUGCAUUGAUGGUUACGCGAGGGAUAAGAAAGGAGUUUGCGUUCCAAGGGAGCAGUGUCCUGGUUAUUGUCCUGCCAACGAACAGUUUGACUCUUGUGAUACACCAUGCCCUCUCAGACGAUGCGACGUUGACCCUAGACUCAUAAGGUGUGCAGCACCACCCAAUCCGGGAGACAAGGAUUGCGUAGUGGGGUGCCGAUGCAUUGAUGGUUAUGCGAGGGAUGAGAACGGAGUUUGUGUUCCAAGGGAGCAGUGUCCUGGUUAUUGUCCUGCCAACGAACAGUACGACCCUUGCGAUACACCAUGCCCUCUCAGACGAUGCGACGUCGAUCUUACACUCAUAAAGUGUGCAUUGCCACCCAAACCGGGAGACGAACUUUGCGUAGCGGGAUGCCGAUGCAUUGAUGGUUACGCGAGGGACGCCAACGGAGUUUGCAUUCCAAGGAAGCAAUGUCCACCAAAGGUACCGAAUUGCGGAACAAAUGAAGUCUACGACAAAUGCCCUGAUUGUUCGCCGCAGACCUGCGAGACAAUGAAUGCUAUUUACCAUUGCCCUCUGAGACCAGCCAACAACACCGGGCCUGGCUGCAAACCUAGCUGUCGGUGUAAGAAGGGAUACUACAGAAACAAAAUUGGGCAAUGUAUUUCUGCCGAAGAGUGCUCGAGAUGCACUGGUUCUCACGAGUACUACUCAUGCGGCGGUGCUUGUGACAACGUAUGCGAUACUAUAAAGGAACAAAAUCAAACUAAUUGCCCGAUUAUAAACGUGAAGUGCAACGAAAUGUGCUACUGCGAGGAAGGCUACGCGAGAGACUACAAAGGAGAAUGUAUACCUAUCAAAGACUGCCCAGUGUGCCCUACAAACGAGAGAUACGACCCGUGUCCAGAAACUCUGUGCGGUCCUAAAACCUGUGACGAAGCUGGAUUCCCUAAAAAUUGUACUCCCAGAGAAGAUGGAGCCUCUUGUCCAGGGAAACCAGGGUGUGUCUGCAGGGACGGCUAUUUGAGGGACGAAAAUGGCAGAUGUAUUCAAUCGAACGAAUGCCCAUCCUGUGGUGGUGACAAGAACGCAACCCUCGGCUGCGGAGUCAACUGCAACAGGCACUGCUCCAACGUAAACCAGACUGAACCAAAAGCUUGCAUCUUGAUCUGCUACUCCAACGCUUGUGACUGCAGAUCCGACAUAAACGGCAGAGACUAUUAUUAUGACGAUAAUCUGAAAAAGUGCGUGCUGCCCGAAGACUGCACACCUCAAUGUAAGCAGAACGAAGUAUUCAGCGAUUGCAUUAACGGUGGAUGUGGCAAGCAAAAAUGUUCAGAUAUCAACAAGCCAGUAGUGUGUGUGCACCCUAAAGUGUGUAAGUCAGGAUGCAUUUGCGCACCAGGAUACUUGAGAGCCAAAAACGGAACUUGCGUCCUAAGCGAAAAAUGUGAUCCUCCUCCAAAAUGCAAAGCAAACGAAGAAUUUUCCAAAUGUGGCCGCGAUGGAUGCCUGAAACACUACUGUAGUGAUCUUGACACACCUCCUCUAUGUAGAGACACUUUCCAGUGCAUACCACAAUGUGAAUGCAAAGAAGGGUUCCUGAGAGCAUCGUUUGACAACGACACCUGUGUACCGAUAGAGAAGUGUCCAAGAAAAUGCAAGAAAAACGAAUACCUCUCAGAAUGUCCCGCUGGUACGUGCCAACCUAAAACCUGCAAAGAAGCUGGGUUCCCAAUACCAUGCCCUACAGUAGGCCCCGGCGUUGGACCUUGCUCUUCAGGCCCCGGAUGUCUAUGCAAUCCUGGUUACUUGAGAAAUGAUAAAGGAAUUUGUAUUCCACAACAAGAAUGUCCAUCAUGCGGUGGCGACGAUAAUGCUGUCCCAGGAUGUGGAGGAAAUUGUGGAAACACUUGUACCACCUACAACCGCACAGAUAUAGUGUGCACCCUCAUUUGCAAACUGAACGGCUGCGACUGCAAGAAAGGCUACGUGUACGAUGGCAACGUGAAAAAAUGUGUUUUGCCGAAGAAUUGUUCACCAACAUGCCAAGUGAAUGAAGAGUACUCAACCUGUGCUAAUGGUAGGUGCGGCCAGAACUGUGCAGACAAAGGCAAAAUUGUACACUGUCCAUUGAUAUCUGACGAUACAUGUACUGCGGGAUGUGUUUGCAAAAACGGUUACCUGAGAGCUCAGAAUGGCACAUGUGUGCUUGAAAAUCAGUGUGAAGAGCAGACUUCAUGUGGAGGUGAUGAGAACGCCGUCCCUGGAUGUGGAGUGCAUUGUGGCAACACUUGUGAUACUUACAACAGAACAGAUCCUAUAGUAUGCCCCCUCAUUUGCAACUUGAACGGUUGCGACUGCAAACCAGGUUAUGUGUUCGACGGCAACUUGAAUAAAUGCGUUUUGCCAGAGAAAUGCACACCAACAUGCAAAGUGAAUGAAGUAUUCUCAACAUGUGCCAAUAGUGCUUGCGGCCAAAGCUGUGCUGACAAAGACAAAAUUUUGAACUGCCCAUUGAUAUCUGAUGAUACCUGUACUCCUGGAUGUAUUUGCCAAAAGGGUUAUCUGAGAGCUCAGAACGGCACAUGUGUGCCUGAAGACCAGUGUGAGCAGACGUGUCCAGAGGGUGAAAUUUUAUCCACUUGUCCACCAAUAAAAUGUGAUGCAGAAUAUUGUCCUAAAUCUAGGAACUCGUCUCUAACUUGUCCAAUUCCUAAAAAGUGCCCUUCACCAAGAUGUGUGUGUGGAUUCAAUAGACACCGAGACAGGAAAACCGGAAAAUGUAUAGCUACAGCUCAAUGUCCUCCAUUCCCCUGUGAUGGUCCAAAUGAAAAAUACCAAUCCUGUCCGCCAGUUUGCCCUGGAGAAACUUGUACUGACUAUUUGAAAAAUGCGACAUGCCCUAAAUUUAGGAUUGGCAUCGUGGUACCUUGUAAACCAGCGUGUAGAUGCUUAAAGGGCUACUACAGAAAUUCACAAGGAAUAUGCAUUUCGAAAAACAAGUGCAAAGAACAAACAUGUAAAGUGAAUGAAGAAUACUCGACCUGCAUCAAUGGUUUGUGUCGCCCCCAGAAGUGUGUUGACAAAGACAUAACAAUUACUUGUCCAAAAUAUGACAAAACUACUUGUAAAGGGGGCUGCGUUUGCAAAAAAUCGUUCUUGAGAGCCAAGAAUGGUACCUGCAUCCCUCAAGAUCAGUGCGACGAAAGUUGUUGAGGAGUUUAGUUGUUAAAUAGCUAUUGAGACUGUUUUUGGUUAUUUUUAUAAUUUUGUAUGUUUUUAUAAUUCCAGUACUUAUCCUUUUUCUUUCAAUAAUAUUAAUGUCAGUGAGUUAUAAAUCAUCUUUGUUUUCCUUCAGAACAAACUGUAAUAAUGAAUUUACUGUAAAUUGUAACUUGAUUAAAAUACAGAUAUCUAAAUCUAUGUUCUCCCGAGUAAAGUCUUCUGCUAUUUUUAAACAAAUACUUUCUUGUUGUGUUCUGCUGCCAUAUGAGUAAGGCAAACUUUUAUAAGACCAUAGUAACCAUGUUCAUUCCAUUAUCCAUUCUAACUUCAGUGAAUCAAUGUGUAUCAACAGAUAGGUACUAUCUUCUAGAAAUUCUAAGCUUUUGGCUGAAAUAAAGUUUUAUAAUAA